CUCCGUGCGGACUUCCGGGUCGCGGUGUUCGCAGGGAGCGCUCCGCGUAGAGCGUCGUUUCCGUUGCCGGUGUUUGCAGCUGGGGGAAACCGAGGCAGUGCCAGCUUCCCCCUAGUUCUUCCUGUGAGGCAAACAUGUUCGUGUCUCUGUGGGAGUUCUUCUACGGACACUUUUUCCGAUUUUGGAUGAAAUGGAUCUUACGACAGAUGACUGGGAAGUGUGAAUUGCAGCGAAUUUUUGACACCUAUGGAGGGGCACAGAGGACCUACAGAAUAGAAAAUUCCUUGACAUAUUCCAAGAAUAAGGUCCUACAGAAUGCAACACGCGUUGCCGAGAACGAACUGGACAGGUGUAUAGUGAGCAUCAUGAAGGAAAAGAACAUUUGCCCUGAGAAGGACACCAGUUUUCAGAUCUGCAUGAGGACGUGCUUGCUGCAGAUAACUGGCUACAAACAGCUCUACCAGGAUGUGGAAAAUGUGAGGAAAAAGCCUUAUGACUCUGCCAAUGCACAGCACGAGAGGCUGCUCCUCAAGCUUUGGAGUCUUCUGAUGCCAACAAAAAAGUUGAAGGGCCGGAUCUCCAAGCAGUGGGCAGACAUUGGUUUCCAAGGUGAUGAUCCCAAAACAGACUUCCGAGGCAUGGGCAUCCUCGGGCUGAUCAAUCUUGUGUAUUUCAGUGAAAACUACACCAGCGAAGCGCAUCAGAUUCUGUCCCGCUCCAAUCACCCCAAACUAGGGUAUUCUUAUGCAAUAGUUGGGAUCAAUCUUACAGAGAUGGCUUACAGCUUACUGAAGAGCGAGGCCCUCAAGCUUCACCUUUACAACUUUGUGCCGGGGGUGCCAACGAUGGAGCACUUCCACCAGUUUUACUGUUACCUUGUUUAUGAAUUUGACAAGUUUUGGGUUGAGGAAGAGCCAGAAAGCAUUAUGUACUUCAACUUGUACAGAGAGAAGUUUCACGAGAGGAUCAAAGGACUCUUGAUGGAUUGCAAUGCUGUGCUCACUCUGAAAACAUGAGCCGUCUGGGUAUCUUCGCUUUCUACCACGUUUUGCACACACAACAGAAUUUAUAUGUUAUUAUAGAAAUUAUCUGAUUAACUACACUCAUAUAAUUUCCUACAAAAAGUACUUCAGAAACUCUAUUUAAGAAAGCUAGUGGACAAUCGGUGUAUGUUUACAGUUGUUUGUACACUGUUCUCCAAAGGUCCCCCCCCCUUCCAAAGAGCCCUUCCGGAGUCACACGAACUACAGUUUGGAACUUGGGUCUUAGCCUGUUAGUUUAAAGUAUAAAUCAGGUAUAUUUAUAUUUAGCCAAAUGAUCAAAUGUGCACGAAUCUGUUCUCAUUUCGUGAGUGGUGCUCCCAAGCGCGUGUCAGUUUUAAAACUCCGCAGGGUGACUGUUGGUCCGGAAGUGGCUUCUGAAUGCUCUUUGUCUUUUUAUUUCUAGGCAAAUCAGCACAGGGUGUCCUCUGAGGCUUUCUUUUCGUCUCUAGCUCUUGUCAAGAUGUCCUUAGAGCAGAGAGAGCAUGGCUCUGUCAGGGAGUGGAAACAGUCAUGGCUUCCUUUUGAUUCUCUGGUGACAGACAGAAACGAGAUGAUGGCAGUACUGAUGACUAGCUCAUUAUAAAUAACCCACGUUGGAAAUCUUUAGAAUUCUAGGUAUUUACUCCAGUUCUGCGUUUGCCUUUAUCAGCUGUAGAAGGAACCUUCCUCAGAGGCGAGGCCCACUGGAAGAACGCUCUGCCUGUUUGUUUAGAAAGGAGGUGCUUCUACUGAGAAAGUCCUGAUUGCAUUUGAAACAUAGUUUCCUUUUUGAUAAAACUGUCUUUGAAACUUAGACAAGAAGAAAGCUUAGAGCUUUUUAGACAUCUGUUCCCUAUCAUUGGUGUAUUUACAUGCUUUUCACUUUGCUUUCCCUUGCUUUGAUUCUGGUGUUUCUGGGUAAUGUUGUAGGGACCUGGGUUAGCAGGCUGUGGGGUGCUACCAUAGCCUGGAUCAUGACUGUGCAUUUUUGUAUAGCUUUAUUCUCCAAAGUCUCAGGAGGGCAGCAAGCACUGUCCAGGAUUAUAUGUGAGAUUCUAAUGGGGUGGUUUCCUCUUGGCUACUUUAGAGAUUUGUUCUCAGAGCAAAACUAAAAGAGCCUAAAGAUAGGAAAGAUGAUUGGACUGAGAAGCACUGCUUAAGUCCUUUGGAAACCAGUUAUAACAACAUAGUUUAACCUAAAACAUGGUGAUGUUUUGCACAUCUUUUAAUAUCAGGUAUUUAAAGACUAGCUUGUGUGAUAGAGGAAAGUUUGCCAAGCUUUCCCACAAUUUGUUCAUGUCUUCUGUUGAGCCUGUUUUCACACUUGUCAGAGAGUGAGAGAGCGCGGUAUAGAUGUCGCAUAGAGAGCCCCAGCUGGGUGUUGUAUAGUGCUGCACAGCAGAGCAUGGGCUCAAAUGGUUUUUCCUGAAGGAAGAUAAAACUUUUUUGUAAGUAGGUUUGUUUUAUAAUACUAGAAAGGAUUUAGCUUUUUAGUAUUAUAGGAAUUUAAUAAUUAAUUUCUUAUAGGGGACUUGUUGACCCUGGUAAUAUAAUCUCAUUUUUGAAGAAUCUUUUGUCAUCCAGGUUUUAUGUAUUGUGUAGCAAAACUCUAAUAGGGAGCACAUGUUUACCAUUAUUGUUCACUGUAUUAUAGUGUGACGUCUUCCAUGGAAAGCAGCUGUGUUAGUCUUUAACUUUUGUGCUAAAAGUACUUGUGCAUGUAUUUUAAUCUUUGAGCAGCCUAGAUCUUGGACUGAUUUAUCAGCAUAGGUAAUAAAAAGACUACUUGAAGUAUGAAAGAGGAAAUAAUAAUAAUAAUAAUUAAUAAUAAUACUAAGUAAUUAUUUCCUGGCAGAAAAAAAACUCUAAUGAUGCUAAGAACAUAUGUUAUGGUUUGGUUAAUGUCACAGUCUUUAAAUCCUCCUUUGUUUGUACAUUACAGAUAUUGUUUGAGUUUUUUAUUUUUUUGUUAAAAUUAUUAUUAGCCAUUUCAGAUAAUUAUAUAGUAAACUGAUCUGUAAGCCAAUUCCAGCUUCAAAGUUCUGAUAUUCUGGAAGUUUGACUGCCACUAGCUGUACACUAGAAUGUGACAGAAACCCCUGGCUGAUGGGCUGGGUGUAUGCAGGAAAGGAACAGCACAGUCUGUUUCCUUUACAUGCAGGAGACAUCAGAACUUGAUGCAGUUUUAAAACCCAUGUUUAGAUGCUCACCUGUAUCUAGGACUAGUAAAAUUACAAUGUUGCAAUUGGUAGUAAUGGCAUUGAAGUACAAGAAAGUUGCAUUACUUUUAGAUUAAAUCAAGUAGAAUUGAUGUGAAGAUGGAUUCUUAUACAUGUGACAGUGAAGACAUUUGACCAGUGACAAGAAUAGCAUAAAAAUAUAAUGGCAACAUUUAAGAGUUCAGAUGCUCUGAAAGACAAUCUUUUUAAACAUGGGAGACACUUGGGUAUCAUGGAAUCUAAAUCAGGCUCUUUGUAAAUAAAUGUAACAAUACAGCUAGGUAUAAAAAUGAACAUAAAACUGGCACCAUUUAUAGUUAAAAAAAAAAAGACUCUUUUUCUUAAACAUCUCUACCCUGUUUUUUCUUUCUUUCUAUUUUAUAACUAGAUUUGUGUUGUUUUUUCUAUGAAAAUAUAUGCAGCAUUUAUUCUUCCCUCACUGUUGGCCUUCAUUCUUAUCAUUCUGUUCCUUGAGAAUAUUCAGCAAAAGGGAUUUUGAUUAAAAGUUUUGCUCAAGAAAGAAAGAAAGAGAAAGAAAGAAAGAAAGAAAGAAAGAAAGAAAGAAAGAUUGAUUGAUUCCUUGGGUGUGAAAAGCAGCUCUUCAUUUCUGCAGCAGGGGUUAUCAGCAGCAUAGAAGAUAGAGCUUGCCCAGGAAGGUAAUAGUUUAUUCUUGUGCUCAUAACUGGGGAUCAGAGGCUGCAUCCCCAGGACAGGUGCUCUACUCCAAUCCACGAAGGAUGGUGCGUUGGGGAGGCUUUGUCAUCAUGUUCAUGUGUAGUCUCUCCACACAUGUGGCUUUUAAAUGAAGAUGACACAUUCACACUCUGAGAAAAAUCAUGAUGUAUAUUUUUGGUUUUUUUCUGACUCUAGUUUUUGCUGAGAUAAAAGUUUUAAAUGUAGUGUAGGUAAGACCCAACAACCACAUUGACUUUGGUAGGGUAGUUCUGUUUUGUUAAAAUACUGACAAAUAUUUAAGCUAUAGUGUUCCCUGGAGGGAAAGUACCAGUUGGUAACUUAAAUUUUUGUCUAUUUUGCAUCAAGCAUUUGAAUUUCAUGUAAAAGCAAUAGUAUGAGACGUGCUGUCCUUUCAUUUGUGACGUUAAGUGAGAGAAUAAAAUCACAGCUAAACUGUUGUAA